AUGGCUUCUAUUAUCUUCAAAGAUACUCACACCGUAGUACCGGCUGAACAAACAUGGACCGGCCGGUUUCCAUUAGCCGAAUGGGAUCAAGUUGGUACAAUAACUCACGUUCCAACCGUUUACUUCUAUGACAAGCCAUCUGAAUCAUUCCAAGGCAAUGUAGUCGAAACCCUUAAAAACUCAUUGAGCCGUGCGCUUGUACAUUUUUACCCUAUGGCCGGACGUCUCAGGUGGCUACCACGGGGCCGGUUCGAGCUCAAUUGUAACACCGCUGGAGUGACGUUCAUCGAAGCGGAAUCCGAGGCCGUGCUUACUGAUUUCAACGACUACUCUCCGACCCCGGAAUUCGAGAAACUUAUGCCGCAAGUAAACUAUAAAAACCCUAUCGAAACGAUUCCUCUCGUUUUAGCACAGCUCACUACAUUAAAAUGCGGAGGAUUAAGCCUUGGCGUCAACAUUUCGCACGCAGUUGUCGAUGGCCAAAGCGCGCUUCACUUCUUGUCUGAAUGGGGAAGAAUCGCACGCGGCGAGCCAAUAGAAAUCGUCCCGUUUCUCGACCGGAAAAUACUCUGGGCUGGUAAACCGCUUCCGCCAUUUGCCUCGCCCCCGCGGUUCGACCACAAAGAAUUUGAACAGCCGCCGUUAUUGAUCGGAGAAACAGACAAUGUAGAAGAAAGAAAGAAGAAAACGACCGUGGUGAUGCUAAAACUGAGCAAAUCUCAGCUUGAGAAGCUUAAAAGCAGAGUGAACACGAGCAAAUACGCUGAUCCAGCGAGAGGGUUUACACGGUACGAGACGGUCACGGGUCACGUGUGGAGGUGCGCGUGUAAAGCACGUGGUCACUCGCCGGAGCAACCCACGGCUCUAGGAAUCUGUGUAGAUAUUCGUAAUCGGAUGCAGCCACCUCUGCCACCUGGCUACUUCGGCAAUGCCACUCUUGAUGUGGUCGCAGCAAGCACCUCAGGUGAAUUGAUAUCGAAUGAGUUGGGUUUCGCGGCGGAAAAAAUCAGUAAAGCCAUAAAGAAUGUGACAAACGAGUACGUGAUGAUUGGGAUUGAGUAUCUAAAGAACCAAGAUGACCUGAAGAAGUUUCAAGAUCUACAUGCCUUGGGUAGCACGGAAGGUCCAUUCUAUGGAAACCCUAAUCUUGGAUUAGUGAGCUGGUUAACUCUCCCCAUGUACGGCCUUGAUUUUGGAUGGGGCAAGGAGGUUUACAUGGGACCUGGCACGCAUGACUUCGACGGCGACUCACUGCUAUUGACGAAUCAAAAUGAAGUUGGCUCGGUGAUUCUCGCCACGUGUCUACAAGUGGCUCACAUGGAGGCCUUCAAGAAACACUUUUAUGAAGAUAUCUAG